CACAACGCCAAUCGGGAACGCCACCAACAACAAUACAAUAUAACACCACCACCACCACCACCAACAGUAGAAGGCCGGUUCUCUUCUCUCUCUCUCUCUACAAAUAAUCCUCCCCAAAGAACUUGGAACAGUUUCAGGCAGAGAAAAGAGAAGAUCUUUAUCAUUUGAGUUUGUAUGGAACAGCUUGUCAACUUCAUUAUACGACCUCCCAGAGCUGAAUACAACCCAAAAAAUGAUUUGUUAGAUCAAGAAUUCAUGCUUAAAGGGAAAUGGUUUCAAAGGAAGGAUUUGGAGAUUGUAAAUAGUCGAGGAGAUGUUCUUCAGUGUAGCCACUACAUGCCAAUUGUCCUACCCGAAGGGAAAUCUCUACCCUGUGUAAUAUACUGCCAUGGAAACAGGGCAGAUGCCAGUGAAGCUGCUAUAAUAUUACUGCCUUCAAACAUUACUGUUUUCACUCUUGAUUUCUCUGGAUCUGGACUCUCUGGAGGGGAACAUGUCACUCUAGGGUGGAAUGAAAAGGAUGAUCUGAGAGCUGCGGUUGAUUUUUUGCGAGCAGAUGGAAAUGUUUCUAUGAUUGGCUUGUGGGGUCGUUCAAUGGGCGCUGUGACUAGCUUAAUGUAUGGAGCUGAGGAUCCUUCAAUCGCUGGAAUGGUUCUUGACAGCCCUUUCUCUGAUUUAGUUGAUCUGAUGAUGGAACUUGUGGAUACCUACAAGAUACGACUUCCAAAGUUCACUGUGAAGUUUGCUAUCCAGUACAUGCGAAGAGCUAUUCAGAAAAAGGCGAAAUUUGACAUAAUGAACCUGAACACCAUCAAGGUAGCAAAAUCCUGCUUCGUUCCUGUUCUGUUUGGACAUGCUGUUGAUGAUGACUUCAUACAGCCUCAUCAUUCUGAUUGUAUAUUUGAUGCUUAUGUGGGGGACAAGAAUAUCAUCAAAUUUGAGGGCGAUCACAACUCACCACGUCCCCAAUUCUACUUCGAUUCCAUAUGCAUCUUUUUUAACAAUGUUUUGCAACCUCCAGAAGAUGAAGUGGGUGGAACUGUGUUUGACUCGACCCACAAUUACUUGGGCAAGAAUAGUUGGAGUACUGUCCAUGAAGUGGGAUAUGCAGAUGAUAUUUUGGCAGCAUCAAGAGGUUCAGCAGCAAGUAGCACAGAAGAUGCCAUUAGGCAACUUCGGUCCAAAAGACCUAUGAGUAAAAUGGAGGUCCCGUGUGAUAUUUCCUCGAAAGAGAAUCAAGCUGGAGCCCAGGAAGAAGGAAGUGGGGCUGAGCCUAUUCCAUCAUCUUCUAAAAUGAUUAGCUUUGAACUCUCAAAUGGUCAUCCUUAUGGCCCUCACGUUCCUACAGUUCUAGAGGAUGAUGAGUAUGUUGAAUACCCUCUUGAUAACUUGGCAGAUGUCCCAUGCAAUGUGGAGGAAGAAGAAAGGAUGUUCAUGGAAGCAGUGAUUGAGUCAUUAAAAGACUUGGAGAUGAGACACCCUCAUAUUGACGAAUCACCAUCUACAGUUGCUACUGAUACCCCCGAGCCUUCACAUAAAGAUGACUCGGGGGAUUCUUCCUCUGCCAAUGAACGUUUUCCCUUGAAGACAAAAUCUAACCCCACCUUGGCAGCCAACAGCCAUGAUUUGGCUGCCCAGCACCCAACUCUUGAUUUGAGCAUAUCAUCUAGGGAACCUCCAACAAACGCAGCACCAUUAAUAAAAGAAUCUGGAAGUACAGGUACUCCUGGUCAUACCGACACUUCAGUUGGAAACCAAAGCUCAUCCGAUGCUGACAUGUAUGAUCACACAAGAGCCACUGUAACAGUUGUAAAGAACCCAACAAGCAAUAUCAUGGAUGGUUUGUUUCGCCGUUGGGAUCUUAACUUCUUUCGGAACAAAUGA